GGAGAAUCGCGAGGUUCCAUGCAGUAACAACAAGCAAAAUAUUUGGUGACGUAACAAAGUGGAUUUACUCGCAGGCACUCGAAGCAACAUGUUCUAAGACUAUGAACGUGGCAAAACUGGAAUGAAAAUAACCAUGAACUCCAUUUGCUCAUUCAGAUUACUGGUAAGACGGACCCCAAUUCCUUCCACCCAAUCUUUAACCACAAUGUCAGCCUUUCAAGAAUACAGCUCUCGUGAUCCCGAGAACUUUCUUCAGAAAGUGAAGGAUUUGGUGUCGGAAAAGAAAUUGCUGUCGGAGAGGUUUGACAAGGGUAAAAAAGUGGUGGAGUUUGCUCAUCCGGACCAACUUGAACUGAAACUUGGCCUCGAUAUCCAACCAAAUAGUGCCACCACUCUGGAGUUGGAGGACAUAUGUCAAAAAGUGGUAAAAUAUAGUGUCAAAACGGGUGCCCCGACAUUUUACAACCAACUCUACCACGCCGUAGAUACCUAUGGAUUGGCUGGAAGUUGGCUUAGCGAUGCUCUUAACACCAAUAAUCACACAUUCGAAGUUGCUCCGGUGUUCAUCGUGACUGAGAGGAGUGUCAUCCAAUACAUCAUGAAUAAAUUCGGAUUCAAAACUGGCGACGGAAUCUUUUCUCCCGGGGGAAGUAUUUCCAACAUGUACGGAAUGGUUCUCGCCCGACAUAAGCGGUUUCCGGAUAUCAAACAGAGAGGCCUUCUUGGAUCAGAGAAGCCCCUAGUAGUGUACACCUCCGAGGAGAGCCAUUACUCCGUGGUCAAGGGCGCCAAUUGGCUUGGAUUGGGCACGGACAAUGUGAUCAAAGUCAAAACCGAUGAUCGGGGGAGGCUUGUUCCGGCCGAAUUGGAGCGAGCCGUUGAGCAGUCGAAAUGCGAGGGUAAAAUUCCUUUCUUCUUGAACGCCACUGCCGGCUCUACGGUGAUGGGGGCGUAUGACGAUCUUGAAGCAUUAUCUGUUAUAUGUCAAAAGCACGAAAUCUGGUUGCACGUCGACGCCUGUUGGGGCGGCAGUGCCAUUCUAUCCAAAAGGCAUCGCCAUCUGCUCAAAGGAUCCGAUCAAGCCGAUUCCAUUGCUUGGAAUCCGCAUAAGAUGCUCGGAGCGCCUCUACAAUGCUCCCCAUUUAUUGUGCGACAUCCCGGUUUAUUGCACGAAGCCAAUUGUGCGGCAGCCACCUAUUUGUUUCAACAAGAUAAGUUCUACGACGUUAGCUACGACACCGGAGACAAAUCCGUCCAGUGCGGAAGAAAGGUGGACGCAUUCAAGCUUUGGUUCAUGCUAAAGGCACGCGGCGAGAACUAUUUUGAGACUUUGAUUGAUAACACCUUCGAGCAAGCAUCCUACUUGCACAAAUUAGUGGAAUCGACGCCUGGAUUCCGACCAGCGUUUACCUUCGGAUUCAAUUGCACCAAUGUGUGCUUCGAGUAUUUACCCUUGAGAUUCCGGGAUCAAGCAGAAACUUCCGAGUGGAAAGAUGAGCUGUCCAAGAUUCCGCCCAAGAUCAAAGAGACCAUGAUAAAGGAGGGAUCGCUAAUGAUUGGCUAUCAACCGCUACCGUUCAAGAAUAAGAAGAACUUCUUUCGCAUGGUUCUCCACUGCGUUCCACCUCCAACUAAGGAGGACAUGGAACAUAUUGUCCAGGAAAUCGAUCGUUGUGGUCGAAAUUUGUAGUGUAUUCCUGCAUAUCGAAACCUUUGUGUUUACGUAGAUGAUUUAAAGUUUAUUUCUCAA